AUGGGUCAUGAUCAGAGUAAACAAGCUCAUGAAGCUAUCUAUGGAGACCAACCUCCACAUGAGUCAUCGUGGACACAUGAACUUAUAGGCGGUGCAGCCGGUUUUGCUGCUAUGAAAGCUUAUGAAGAUCAUGUUCGUAGUACUGGUCAACAAGUAUCACAUCCAUUGAUGAAGGAAAUGCUUGCUGGUUUUGCGGCAGCCGAAGUUGAUAAACUUUUUGAAACCAAAGGACUUGAUUUUCUUGAUCGAGAAGAAGCAAAACGUCAAGCUGUUCAACAAGCACAUGCAAUUGCUGAGGAGAAAUAUGGACCAGGUGGUACAUUUAAUGGUUAA